AUGAACAGCUGUGUGUGCAUAUCGUGUGCAGCUACACGGAGGAAAAUAACGAAUAAAAAUGACAGGAUUUGAUUUUUCAUGACACUUUAUUAAAUUACAGGAAGAGGUUUGAACGGUUGCGGUUUUUCAUGAUGGAGGAAGACUCGGACACGAGAGAAAUCCUGUCGGCGGACGCGCAGGACGAGCAGGAGCACGGUGAGGAGCCGCAGAGCCGCUCGUGCUGUCCGGCGUCUCCGCCGUUCGCGUGUCCGCUCUCUGUCACGGUCGAGCCCGUCCUCUUCCUCUCCACGUUCUCAGUAGCACUGCAGUAUCCCCUGUACACACAGUACCUCUGGGAGCGCAAUAGCGAGGAGGUGGGCUACAACGGCACGAGAGGAGGAGGGGGAUGUGGCAAUUCAUCUGCUGAACACGACCCGCUGCAGAAGGAAGUGGAAGCUUUAACUGCACACUGGAACCUGUACAUUAAUCUGGGAGGUUUUCUUGUGAGCCUCUCCAUUGUUAUCCUGAUCGGCUCAUGGAGUGACCGAGCAGGACGGCGUCUCGUCUUGAUCCUUCCCAGUUUGGGCCUGGCCGUCCAGGCUACUGUCUACCUGAUUGUCAUGUACCUGAAACUGCCUGUGGUCUGGUUCCUACUGGGACGAAUCUGCAGUGGACUGUCUGGGGAUUUCAAUGCCAUUCUGGCUGGCUGCUUCGCUUAUGUGGCUGACAUCAGUGACAAGCAAUCACGUACGUUUCGUGUGGCGAUACUGGAGGCGUGUCUGGGGGUCGCUGGCAUGUUUGCAAGCAUAAUUGGGGGCAAAUGGAGGCAUGCACAAGGGUAUAUCAACCCUUUCUGGCUUGUGCUGGCGACAAACCUGGCCACAGCCCUGUAUGCUUACUUCUUCGUACCUGAGUCAGUGACUCCUGACCCUGGAGCGAGGUUCUUGUCCACCCAGCACCUUAAAGCUGUCUAUAAAUUGUACACAUCUGGAGGACAGGGUGGACACAGGAGCAGACUCUGGCUCUACACCCUUUGCUUCUUCCUGGUGAUCACUGUGCAUGCUGGUUCACGGGAGCUAUAUGUGCUGUAUGAGCUGAGCACACCUCUUUGCUGGGACUCUGAGCUGAUUGGGUACGGCUCAGCUGCUCAUCACAUGGCCUACCUUACCAGCCUGCUGGGCAUUUGGGUCUUGCGGCGCUGCCUUGAUGACUCCUUUGUGGCCAUCAUUGGCCUGGUGUCCAACAUGGUUGGUUUGGUGGUGUUUUCAUUUGCAAACACUACUGCGCUUAUGUUUUCAGGAUACGCCCUGUGUUUUCUCUUUAUGGCCUCCACCCCUGUCUUAAGAUCCAAACUGUCCAAAGUAGUGGACCCCUCAGAGCAAGGUGCUCUGUUUGCAUCGGUGGCUUGUGUAGAGGGUCUGUGUUCACUGGUGGCCAGUGGAAUCUUUAACUCUCUCUACCCAGCCACCUUACAAAUAAUGAAGGGAUUUCCUUUCCUCUUUGGAGCAAUACUGCUUCUCUUUCCUGCUGGAAUAAUUGGGGGUUUGUGGAGCAAAGAGAAGAGGAUGAACAGUGAAGAAAUGGCAGUGAACUGACAUGGCUGUGUAGAUUUAAGACUGGAAAUGAUUGCCAAAAGACUUGGAUUUACUUAGUAACACUUUUCUGUAACACUGAAUUGUUAGAGUUACACAGCCAGUGGUUUAAGAAGCAGCAUUUACUGCUGAUUACAUUUUGGUGAAACUUGUUUUGUGCCAUAUGAAACAAUAGUCUUUUAAAAGUGUUAACAUUUAAACAAUUUUAAUGAUGACUUUUGAUAUUUUGUACAUUUUUAGCAGCUGCGUAUUUAAUUGAAGGUUAUGGGAUUUCAAUAAAUCCCCCCUCCCCUUUUGUAAUUUUGCCCAAUUCCAGGAUAACGAAUAUGAUGACCUAUGUAUGAUCAGUGAUUUAAUAAGCAUGUUUUCAUAUAAUGUUUUGAGUAUAAUGGAGAUAAAUUGGAUCUACUGUACAAUGGUUGUGAAGUUGGCAUGGGAUGUUCAAUACUCAGAUGUCUACAUACUUUUAUACAUAUAGUGGUGUUCUAAACAGAGAAAGUUAAUUUUUUAUGGCACGGUUCAUAUGGUUAUGUAAAAAUGUUUAAAUUCAAUGUGGAAGCAGUAAUCAUGCUUUGCAUCAGACCAUAUCACACCCCAUCAUGGAUUGUUUCUAUAUAACUCCACACCCUGUCCUACUUUUAUUUCUUAUACAGUAUAUCACAGUAUAUUGUUCCACAUGAUUUUGAGUCAUUGGCUCAUUACCAGCAUUAUAACAGAGCUAUACCAGUCAGGGAUUACAGAAUCACACAGGAUCUGAGUGCAAAAUCUGUUCAAGUCCCAUAAGGAGACUCAAAUGACGCCCACAGUAUCAGCACAGGGCAUGGGUCUCCUCCAAAACACAAACACAGAGGUCAACUUUUACUGGGGAUGUCCAUAGGGCAUAACUUGAAUCAUUAUUUUUUGCCAUGUCAGCUUAUAGCUUUACUUGAUCAGUUCAGAAUUUCCAGUUCUCCAUAAAUUCAAGGAAGGAAGGAGUGAAGGUUUCAGUGAGUAAGUGAGCAAGUGAUGUAUCCAGUAGGCAAAAAGUAAAACUCUUAGGUAAAGUGGAUGAAAGUGUGUUUGUGUUCUGUUUGAUAUGAAAGUAUGACCAUAUGCCAGGCUAGAAACAAGGUCAUAUCUAACGGACAUGUUUAAAGGUUAAAAAUAAAGUUCGGUCUGGAAACAAAUAAAGGGAUGUUUCAAAACAAA